GACUGUUUUAAAUUUAAUAUUUUAAAUGAAUUCCAAAAAAUUCGAUGUAAUAAUAUAUGGGGCCAGCGGUUUUGUAGGAAAAUGUGCUGUCUUACAGGCAUUGGAGGUAUUGAAAGACUAUAACUGGGCCAUAGCAGGAAGAUCAGAGCAUAAAUUACAAAUGGUAUUAAAAGAAAUUUCAGAUAAAACUGGCAAGAAUCUAACAAAUAUACCAAUAUUACUAGCAAAUGCCCAUGAUUUGGAGAAACUGGAACUAUUAGCAGCCAAAUGUAAUGUUCUAGUAAAUUGUUGUGGACCUUAUCAAUUAUUAGCGGAAAAUAUUUUAACCAGUUGCAUCAUGCAACGUACCCAUUAUGUGGAUAUGUGCAAUGAUCCUUAUUUUAAUGAAUUAAUGGAACUUAAGUAUCAUGAAAAAGCUUUAGAACAUGAGGUCUUUGUCAUUUCAGCCUGUGGUUUCCAUAGUUUUCCCUUAGAAUUGGCUUUAAAUUAUGUGAGGCAACAUUUUAAGGGUACUGUAAAUAGUGUGGAUGCUUUGUGCGUUAUAAUUUUGGUUAUUAUUUUUAUUUUCCUCUCCAUCCGAUAUGGACCGCUACAGCUUGGCUAA